CCUUUUCAUGGCUUUUCUUGUCUUUCUUGCUCACCCUCCCCCCUGCUCUGAAUUGGAGUACUUGUUUUGGUCACGUGAGGGGGGUUGUUCCAGCAAAUCAGCACAGAGCCCAGCACUCCCCCCUCCUAGCCAGAGGGACACAAGGGGGGGAAGUUUACUCAUUUGAGCUGGAUCUUUUUUCUCAGCUUUACCUGCCAACCUUUUUUUUGUUGGGUUUCCCAGCCCUUUGCAUUACUUUGCCCUGCAGUGAGAGACAUGCAAGGAUCCCAGGCUGGGACACACAGGGUUUACUUCUAGAUCUGGAGACUUGAUUUUUGUUUUUGUGCUCUGCUUUCUAUCUGGAAUUUGGUUGUUCUGGGGGGAGAAUAGGGGCACUCGUUCCUGGGGAAUGCUGUGGAGCGCCUGGCUGGCUGUGGGAAGGCUGCGGAGUGCCAGGCUGGCUGUGGAGAUGCUGCAUAGCGCCUGUCUGGCUAUGGGUUUUUUGCUGAUCUUCUCUCUGGUCCCAGCUGUAUUGGGUGCAGGAGCUUCUGGACUCCGUGUGAGGAAUGUACCCAGCUCCUGUCCCAUUUACUGUCGCUGCCUUGGGGAUCUCCUGGAUUGCAGCCGAGGAGACCUACAUCGGGUGCCUGAGAAUCUCCCUGAAUGGGUAGUGCAGCUGUGAGUAUUAUCUAUUUAUUUUAAAAGUGUUUUACCAGGAAGGAUACAUUGAGAUUUCUCUUGUUUUUCAAGUAUGUCCUUGGAUGCACAAACCAUGUAAUGUAGGCACAAAGUUAACUUAGAUAGCCAUUGCUCUGCAGUUAAGGGGAAGCAGCAUCCCUCCAUCUCUAGCUGGGCUUGAGGGUUUAUUCACUAAACUCUGAAUUGUAUCAGAUUAAAAUGUUAAUUAGGAAACUCAGGGUACAAGAGCCAAAAUGUGACUAAAGCUGUUGGUGAAUUUUUCUAGGUCAGCUGUUUUUGCCAUAUUUUAUGAAAUUGUAGCUAUUUUGCUGCAGUCUGGAGUCAAAUGAAUAACCCUGUGGGCAUGGGGUCAAACCACAAUGUAUUAUUUAUAAGAUGCCAUAAUAUUUCACUGUGUUUUACAAGUCAAACAAUUCACCUGGCAUGCUGCAUAUAACAUAGAGCAGGGUUGGGCAACCUUCGGCACUCCAGAUGUUGUCGACUACAUCUCCCAUAAUGCUAUUACAGCCAUAAUGCUGGCAAAGCAUCAAGGAAGAUGUAGUCCACAACAUCUGGAGUGCCCAAAGUUGCCUAUCCCUGACAUAGAGGCAGACUUCAAGAGUUUGGCUUCACGGUUCUGCUGAGUUUGAAAAACCGAGUUAUAACAUUUUGGCCAGAAUUGGGAAAAGAUAUAAAACUAGGCUAAAUUGAAAUAACUUUCAUUUGCUAGUUUCAAAUAAACAUAGUAACUUUUGUUUAACUGUGAAAAUUAUAAUUAUUAUUUUGUGAGACAAAUUAUUACAAAUUUUGACAGGAACAAUAGGCUGCCGAGGACCCUGCUGAAAUGAGUUUACAAUCUAGGAUCAGUCUAUGAAAAGUAAUCUUGGGGCAAUCAGUGGGGACAUACCAUUGGUUUCUAUGGUGACAGCUCCAGUUUCAGAACUUUGUCCCAGGAUAUUUCUUAUUGCCUCAGUUUGCUCCUUUGUCUGUCAUAGCCUUUUAUUUUUAUUCUAUCCUGGAAAAUAUAUUUUUUCUCUAAUAAUUUAAUAGGUAUGAAUUAACUUUUUGUUCUUUAGAUAGCUAUGAUUUUCUCUACCCAUGUGUAUAAUUACUUCCUAUAGGCCAUAGCAAAUAUUCAGUUCUCUUUCAUUGGUUACUUUUGCCAUGAUUUUUACUUUAAAAAGUCCGGCCUGUGUGUCUGACCCCGAAGUGAAGCCCAAUCAAAGAAAACUGUUAAAACUAGUUCCCAACCAUUUGGCUCAUCUUCAUUCCAUGAGUAUUGCCCAGCUGAACCAACAACAUCUGCAACUAAUACAACCCCCAUUUCUGUAAAUAGAAGAGGCAUCCUACUUCUAAUCACUUAGUGCUAAGAACUGAUUCUUAAAAUGACAGGUUGUACUUUGUACACAUUUCUUGUGGAAAUUGCAACAUUUUACAUCUCAUUUUCAAGGUGUAGUGUGGUGUUAAACCCUUAACCCCUUAAGGACCAAACUUCUGGAAUAAAAGGGAAUCAUAACAUGUCACACAUGUCAUGUGUCCUUAAGGGGUUAAAGCCCAUGGCUGGUUUAAAUCUGAUGCAUUAUGGGUAAUAUACACCACGUCUGUGUAGAAAAAUAAACAACCAAUUGGCGUUAUUCACUGAAUCAGGAAAUGUGGACAACUGAGGGGUAGUUGUGGAAAGACUUUAAAAUUUUAGGUCAAAAUAGUUGAAUAGGAACACAUUUUUGAAUUCUAGCUUUUUUCACUUACUGCUAGGUUGACAAAAAGUGUACAAUGUUUAGCGAUUUAUUGAAGGCUUAUGUUCACUGGUUAUUCAUGCCUUAAUGAUCACUUCACGCGGUUUAAAUGAUAUUACAUUGUUUAAUAACAGGUAUCUGUAGAUUACAUAGUUGAAUCAUUUACUGUGUCAGGCCUUUCAACAGGCUCUCUGGACUUUUUCUUACCUAUUCAAUGUAUCAAAGUAUCUUGGCAUUCAGUAGAUUAGCGUAGGACAAAAGUCAUAUAAAGCGUGCUUUAAUUUAAUGCGCAUAUUGAUUGCCACCUAAAGAGAAAAGCAGGAAUCUAAGUUGCAAGAUUUCUUUUCAGAACACUGCCAAGUAUGACCCAGCUUAUAUUUUAUUUAGGUUUUUGUUUUGAUUUAUGUUGUUCUUUGUCAUACACAUUUUUAUGUACUUUGGCUCCACCCACAUUACCUAUUUCCAAGAGGAAGUGGUAAGACACCUAGCAGGAAAUGUACAACUACAUGUUCUCCUGUAAACUCUCAAUCGAGUGGGUGUCAGCUGCUUCUAUGUAUUAGCAGCAAAAUCUGUUCUUUCUUUUUUUUUCUCUCUUUUACUCCUUUUUUUGUCAGAAAAACCUCAAGGCACUGCUUUCUUAAGGAUGUACACAUUACUGUCCGUGUUCUAUAGUUCUUUUACAGACUUACAUUGUAAGGAGGCCAAAACUGGCUAAUAGAUCUCAGCCAUUUCCUGGUAGAAGAUGAUGUCACUAGAGAAGGGUUAGGGCUGAGAGGUUUCUGGAUAAAAAGAAAAGCAGGAUUUUUUUUUCCUUUCCCAUUAGCACAGCAGGGAUUGCCUUUUUUUCUGUUUCCCAGAAUACAAAUGUAAACAAAGCAUUUAAUUGAUAACUAUUGUUAAAACUAUUGCAAAGAGUUCAGGGUUCACAGGUCCCUUUAAUUGCAUUUUUACAUUUUAAGACUGAUGAAUCCAUCUUAAAAGUUGAGAUUAGUCACGCAAUAGAAUUCUGUUCUCAACUAUUUUAAAAAAUGAGAAAUAUUUACUUAUUGGCAAAGUGAUAAAUAAAUGCAGCCUAUGUUUCUUUCAGUCACUGCCUGUCUAUCUGUAUAUAAAAUAAACAGAUAAGUGCAUUCUAAGUAUAUAUCAAUUUCCUAUUUUUUUAUUCCCUAAUUUCCCUUUUGCAUGCAUGCUUGUUUUUUGGGGUUUUUUUUUUUACGUCAAUGUGGAUUACUAGUACAUGAAUAAAACUUAACACUUGAUCAUAUCUAAGUCAUUUUGUUAUAGUGCCUCUUUUAUAAUAUCACACCAACAAACCUGAAAACAGACUUUUAAAAAGAUCCAGACAUGUCUGAAAUGUUCCUGGGUCACACAAGGUAAUUAAAUUACUCAACCAGCUCCAUUUUGUUGCAAACAAGUAAUUUGAUUGAAAGUAAACACGUGAUUGGCUACUCUGGUAUUAAAGGAGCAGCAACAUUAAAUUGAAUCCCACUACAAUGCACAAGGCCUCUCAACUGCAAGGGGAUUAUAGGAGUUUUAAAACACGAGAGGCUAAAAUGUUGCAGUUUCUCAACUGUAGCUCAAUCCUGUAGCUUUCUAAAACGAGUACUGAAGCUUGGAUAAAUUGCUUCUUAAAGGACCACUAUAGGCACCCAGACCACUUCAGCUCUAUGAAGUGGUCUGGGUGCCAGGUCCCCCUAGUUUUAACCUUGCAGCUGAAAACAUGCAGUGUUUACACUGUAGGGUUAAUCCAGCCUCUAGUGGCUGUCUCCCGGACAGCCACAAGAGGCGUUUCCACAAUUUACACUGAGUAAAUCGCACUUAUUUGACGCUGGACGUCCUCACAGACCUCCAGCAUCAAAAAAGGUCCCCAUAGGAAAGCACUGAGUAAUGCUUUCCUAUGGGAAGGCUUGAAUGCGCAGGCGCCUCUGGCCGCGCAUGUGCAUUUGGCUCCACUCGGGAGUUGACACCGGCGGGGGAGGAGAGGUCACCAGCGCUGGAUUAAGGUAACUGGCUUAGUGGGUUUUAACCAUUUCAGCGCCGAGGGAAGGGGGCACUCCAAGAGCCUAUAGUGCUAGGAAAACGGGUUUGUUUUCCUGGCACUACAGGAUCCCUUUAAAGUCUCUGUAUGGGGGAAGGUAAGACGUCUGCUUUAUGGUAUAAAGAGAAUGGUGUCUAGAGUUUACCAUUGAGAACUUUUAUGGUCGGGUUUUAUUACUGUUGAAACAAAUGCAAAGUUGAACAUUUACAAGAAGGACUUGUCUUUUAUUAGUAGUAGCUCUCGUUGUUAGCAACAUGCAUCAUUAUUUUGUUAUUAAUUUAUCCAAAUCAAUAAUUUUAUGGUUUUAAGUCACUCUUACUUUUCCAGAGACCACUUUAGAAAGAUUUGAUUUCUUUGGUUUUCUGUCUUAAAAAUGUGAGCACUGCACAAGUAAAGAAUCACCAGUAUGUUGCCUCAAAUGCCAAAGGCAUAGGCGUAAGUCAAAACAAAAUGGCUGCUUCCAUAAACAAACAUCUACUAUUCAUCUAAACAUAGACAUUCUUUAGAAAAAUGGUGAUUGGACCCUAGGUUUACUAAUGUAUCAAAACUAGAACAUUUUUGUUUAUUUUUUUAUUCUCUUACAACCCAAAAGUUACUAACCUAAUUUCGGCAAGCAAAAAAGGAACUUGUUAAGCAUGCUGAUUCGUGUGCUUAGGUGCAAAUAUGUAAAAUGUUCCUCCUGUCUCAUCUGACUAAAUUCUUGAAAUCUUCUCAUUUCAAUUGAUUUUUCAUUUUGUUGCAUUUACAAAAUCUUGAUAAGGGGUUUAAAGUUAAACUAAGCAGGAAGGCUUUCAAUUAGUUGUGGCUAAUUCUGUACAAUUUACCUCAUCUGGAGGUCAGAGUGCUGUCUUAUUCAUGAGGCUGAAUUCUUGUAUUGACAACAUAUGGGAACUAGUAUUUGAGAGGUUUUUUUUUCUGUGAUAAAGAAGAUAAGAGCAAAUAUUUUGUGAGAAUGUGAUGUUUUAUUACAUAAACAGAAUUAUUCACUAAAGCUCGCAUUUUUGAGAAUUGAAAAGUAAUUUCCAGUUUUAGGUCAAAUUUUUUUUUUCAGUUCAACUGAAAUUUCUUAUUCGUUGUCAAUUCCCCACAUUUCAUACUUUCGUGAAUAGCCCUUGUUUUAUUACAGACUACUCUUUUUAAUAUUUUGUGUUUGAUACAAGAAGAAUUCCAAGUGUAAAUACAUUUGAAGUAAAUAUAAAUUUCCUGUAAGCACCCAUUUGGGUCCCUAUUUUUUAUUUUAUUUUUUAAACUUGCUGUUAUUUAAUGUUUUUGACCUUUGUAUUAAAUCUACUCGGAGCACUUCAUAUUGGAGAGAAAAACGGCCUAGUAAACAAAGCCAGUUCUAAAGUAUAAUUUGAUUCUUUGAAAUAUGCACUGGUUUGCUAUUCUGAAACCUCAAAGACGAACAGCUUUGUGUUUUUAGGUGGUUUUUUUUGUAUUUUCUUAAGUUUUUAUAUAUUUUUUUUUAUACCUGCACAUUUGCCAUUUUAAAUAGCUGAACACACUUUUCUAUAUAAAAUAAACAGAUUUUGAAGUGUAGUGUUUUCGAGUCAACAUUCCUUGCAUUCAUUUAGAAUAGUUGCAUCUGUGUAAAUAAACGUUGAAUGGAAUACAGAAACCUUCGGUGUUUACUUAAUUAACAGCUGUGACAUUUGGCCCCAAAGUCACAGGCCUACAUCUUGGUAGGUGUGAGCAACACAUGUGGUUUGGUUGUGUUUGAGCAAACAUGCUUAGUUUCUUGCUGAACAUAAAGUGCUAAUAGAUUCUGGUAACAUUAAAAUAUUCAUUGAGUGUUUGGACAAAAUCUUCCUUAAUUCCUUUUUACACAAUUAUUUUAACACUUUUCCCUGCUGUGUUUUGUCCUCUUUAAAUUACCCGAACAGUCAAGCUAUAGUUCCUAGUUUACAUCCUUCCCUCCCCCCGUUUUGAAUAUUUAAACAUAAGUACAGUUUUAGCAUUCCCUUGGUAAUAUCCAAAUUCCUGCUUUAAGAAAAAUCCUUUUUAAGGCUUUCAUAACACCUGCAUAUUUCUGGUUAGCUCAACACAGAAAUAUUUUUCUCCAGUUCAGUAAUGUGUAUGCGUGUAUAAUCCGUGUACAAUUUCACUAUACUGUGAAUUGUAUAGAAAUGGCAAGUAAAUGUUACAUGUUAGGCCACAAUUCUACUUAAUUCUAAUUUUUGUGAACAGUCCUGUAUGUGUUUUGAGUGAUACAUUUCAAAAAUAUAUAUAGUUAUUUGCUAAACCAUGAAUUGGCAGGUUUUGACGAAUGAAUUUAUAAUUUUAGUUAAAACAACCUAAAAUAUCUAAUUAUCUAACAACCAGUGUAUGACAGGUCAGAGUUUGCUGAAUAGAAUAAAUUGGCUUUCUAGUGCAUUGUUGCAUUUGGAAUUCCCACCGAUGACUCAAAUUUCAAGAUUCCUCACUUUUUGAGCUCUCCUGAGAUCUGGGCCUUAAUGAUCUAUACACAUAUAUAGGUAUGUACUGUUGGAUACUCUGAAUGUUCCACUUUAGCAGUAUGUGUGUAGAGAGGGGCCACACCACAGUGGACCAAGGUAAAUGUGAAACCUUUGGAAAAUGGUUUUACUUUUAACUGUAGGAUCAUGCCAGGGGACUCCUGACACCAUAACCAGUAUAGUAUACCUUAGUGGUUAUAGUACUUAGAGUACUCCUUUUAAGGAAAAAUUGCCAUCUUUUUAUUUUUUUAAUAUAUUAAUUUUGGAAUGCAUACAUACAAGUAACUAAAGAUCACUCUUCAGUGUGUCUCAUACCUUACACUUGCUCAUAAGAGCAGCCAUCUUUAAAGGGAUUUGGUAAGCACCAUAUCCAAUUACAGCAUAUUGAUGCGACUAUGCAAGGAGUCUGUGGUGCAGGUCCUCCUUUUUUUUGUUUUGUUUUUGAAACUAUUUUUGAGUUUGAGGUUUAAACUGAAACCUGGCUCUUCAGAAUAAUGAAAAAAAAUUUACUUCCCCACUAUUGGACCCAAAAGAUGAAUGCUUCUUACUAGGAAAUAUGCCAUAGUAAAGAUUUAGAAUUUUACCGCACUUACUUUGGACUUCCUUUUCCUUCUGUUCUUAUCAGCAACGAAGGUAUUAUAAACCAUAUAUUGAGUCAGCCAACUUAAUUGAAAUUCCAUAAUGUGAUGACACUUUGUUUGUAAACAAUAUCAAAGCAUUUUUCUUCAUACUUUUUGGACCCACCUUUCUUGUUGUAUUUAAUUUUUACCCUUCUUUAGACGCUAUUUGCAAAUUAUUCUAUCGGGCUCAUAAAUUGGACUGAUUGGUAAAUUAAGUGUUUUUUUGGGGGUGAGGGGUGUGCGUGGUUUUCUUCAUGUUGCACUGUAAACCGUAUGUUUUUUUUAAGUGUUAAAAAUGUCUAAGUCUACUUGAUGUAUAAUAGAAGUUGUUAUGCUUGUGGCUGAAUUGAUAGAUUCCAGAUGGAUGGGGGAUUAAGCUGUGAGUGAAAGUGUCUGGCUCCACUGUGGUGCUCAUGCACAACGGCAUUGGUAACUAAUGUUUAAAUUUCACCCUUUGCAUGCCAGGGCAGUGAGCCAUGAUUUAUACACGUGCCAGAUGUUCAGAAGGGAAGGGGGGGGGGGAAAUCUGCUGGUUUUAGUGCUCUCUAAUUCCGAGAGAAAAAGAACACCCACAUCUUUGGUACAUAACUGAAAGUUGGCUUCCAGUUGUAAGAAAUGUUACUCAAUAGGAAAGUCGAGUAUUCUAUAUAAUUUCUUUUCUUUUUUGGGGGGGUGGGGUCUCUCUCUCUGUGCACCUCAAACCCAAGAUAUUACAAUAAUUGUGGUUUACAGUAGUGCACCUUUUGACUUUAUUUAUUUUGUCUUCUGAAAUAUAUAUUUUUUUCUGCUAAUUGAGCUCUCACCUUUACAGAUGUUAAUGUUGACGCAAAUGAGUGCAGUGUUUAUCUGUGUGUAUCAGUUUGUAAUGCCAUACCUCUCAAGUGUUCCUGUUUAGAAGAGGCAGUCCCUAUAUACGACUAAAAUCCCUCUGUCCCUGAUUUUUAUUCUAAUGUCCCUCUUUUGUUGGAGCUCAGUAUUUUUUGUGAGUCUGAAUUUAUACAAGAGCUCCACAACAAUAAUACUCACAGUAAUGUGUCGUUAAACUACAAUAAAUGUUUAUAGAAAUCAGUGUGUGUAAAUAAGAUACAUCAAUUUUUGUUAGUAAGUUACCUAAAAUUGCUUAGAAGAAUCUUGCUUCUGUCCAACCCCCACUUUUGUAAGUUUUAAAACAUUGGUAGGUUUUAUGGUGUUCCUUAACCUGUUUGGAGACCCUAUUUUUUUAAUUUGUAAGUUCCUUAAAUGUAGCUUUUUUCCGGAACCACAGCAGAUCUUCCUCCAAUGAAGUUAUCAAUCCUGGUGACUUUUUGUCAAACAGAUACUUCUCAUAGAGAAGCAUUGGAUGCACACACCGACACCAUCCACCAUCAGUUAAGUUUGCAUACUGAUUCUGAACAUAAAAUAGAUCCAGUUAUUAAAUAUAUUUGUAAAACAAGCUCUUAGUAACUGUCUGUCGGAAAGAUAGUAGUAGGUGCGAGAAUUGCAAAAUGUAAACAAUGUCAUUUCUCAGAAGGAUCUCUUCAACUUCAUUCAGGUGAAAUAUGCUGCACUCAAGUAAACUAUUUUUAUGUUUUAUUGGGUUUAUGCUGUUUCUAAUGGUCUUUGGCGGUACUUGUGCGUUUUAUUCAUCCGGUGCCCACCCAGUGACAUAAGUGGGACUCGACUGUAAAUGGGGAAAAAACAUGGUCUUCCUUUUGGCAUGAUUUCAGAGUAUGUAGAUGAAGAAGUAGAUAUAUUAUCUUUUAAGAUGUUGCUGGAUUGUUGAAAAGUGUAAUUGCCCUGCAGACCAUGUUUAGAAGAAUCCAGCACAUCUACAAAGUUAUGUAAAACACACCCUUAGUUCCUCUGGAAUGGUUCUGAGUGCUCCAUUGACCUGUAGAUAACAUCACUAUAAAUGUUUAGUGCUUCACAGUGUAGCUGUCAGCACAACUAAUGAAGCAAACAUUGUGCUAUUUGGAAAAAAACUGUAUUUUACCCAGAAAAUGCUCUUAGCAAAUGGUUUUAUCCUAACACAAUAUAUUUUAGAAUAUGUGUUGCUCAUGGUCCCUCGUUCACAGUCUAUUCUAAAAUUACAUUUUAAAUCAGAGCUAUCUUUAUAUUAUUUGCAUCAUCAAUCUUCAUCUGAUCUGUUUAUUUUAAUCUAUAUUUGAGAACUAAUCUAUCUGUAUCUAGUUUAAUCUAUCUAUAAUGGCCAGGUUAUUAUUGUUGCCUGCAGGUCAUGCAUCUAAACAACAUCAUUGUUGGGAACUAAAUGGCUUAAAAUCGGUCCACUCAUUUUCCUUUCUCUCUAUUUAUGCAUGGUCGUAACUAAAGAAAUCCUGUUCUGGAUAUUUUUGGAGGCCGGAGAAAUGAUUGAUAGAUUGUCAUGUUUAUUUGAAAUGCUUAUAUAUUCUACAUUCUUUGGACAAGACUUAAAAGUGCUGCUUUGUAGGACGUGUCAUUCAUGUGCACCUGGUGAUCAUUUAAACAGUAUACAUGCUGGUAGGCAUCACUUUCCAUACUGGCCUGAUGGUGCCAAAUUCGCGAGUGUCUGUAAAAUAGCCAUUUGCCAACUCUAGUGGCAAAAUGACUCCUCCUAACCGUUAUUGGAAUUGAGAGCCAUGUGUGUGUGGAAUAUACCUCCAAUCUGGCACAUCCAACCAAAGCCUGCAUGGAUAAUGUAAGAAUUGCAGUUGAAUUGUGUAAUCUGAAGGAUACAAAGCUGUUAUGAACCAAGAUGUGAUGACUGCUUUGUUAGUGUUCAAUACUGUUCUUGUAAUGCAACGUGUGUAUUGAUUUUUCUCUACGUUAUAUCCUUUUUGUAAAAUGUUGAAUUGCCAAUGGAAUAGAAGUAAAAUAUUUCCUAACUUUACAAAAAAAAAAACAGGGAUCCAGUAUGCCACAGUUUUCCAUUCAUUGUACAGGACGCUAUUUUCUCAAAGUUAUAUGCAGAUUCCUUACACAUUACUAUGAGCAGGGUAUUUAAAUGAACUCUCUAGGCACAAUAAUCACUUUAUAUCACUGACGAUUAUCCUCCUUCUUAGCCAUACCAUUAGCAGCAUAAGUGUAGACACUAUGCUGGAGGCCACACAUUCAGUGCUAAACCAAUUGAAAACUGUUUAACACUAAACAAUGAGAUUAUGUCUGGGAUUCCAGGCACCAUAACUACUUAAAUGGAAUUAAGUGGUUAUGGUGCCUAGAGAGUCCUUUUAAAAUCCUUACAUUAUGCUAUCUUACUAAACCAUUGUAGAAGUGGUUGAACUGUAGAUGUUUUAAGUAAAAGGUCUCUUGCUGGUGUAAUUACUUUCCUAAAAGAUUAUAUAUUGUUUCAGGGCAACAAAUCUGCACAUCUUAACAAUAAAAUAAUUCUGUGGCACAAAUGCAUUCACAUGUAUGUUCUAUUUUGCGUUACAUGUUACAUUUAAUAUAUCUAUUGAAUCAUUUUGUAACAUGCUCGAAAUAGGACAAAUUUAGUCAUGCUUACCGUAAUUUUCUUUUCCUGAAUAUAUUAAUGGGGGCAUAUUGUAAUGCUGCCGUGGAUUAACAAGGAAUAGGGAAAAGUUAGUCAUAUGUGAUUUCCUUUGGUGAUACAUCCAUGGCAGCAUCACAAAAUACCAUGCUGCUAUGGAUUAGACAGCUGAGACAUGAUUUAAAAUACAUUUAAUUUUUAAUGAUAAAUUGUAAAUAUAUUUGCUUUUGUGAUUAAUUAUUUUGGUUCUUUUAAAUUUUAGGGACUUGAGCCAUAAUAAACUAUCUUCGAUCAAAGCCAGCUCCUUGAGUCAUCUCCAUAAUCUCCGUGAACUGUAAGUAUUUCAUUAACAUAUAUGCUGAAUUAUUAUAUAAAAUAUUUAUUAGAAGUAUUGUCUCUGUAUUGUAUUGUAUUGUAUUGUCUCCGGUGUAUUUCUUGUUUUUUUUUUUUUUUAAGAUCUUGGCUAAAUCUCUGUUUUUCUUUAAUUAGACGAUUAAAUCAUAAUCAGCUGAAAAGCAUGCCUGAUCUCGGUCCACUGUCUGCCAAUAUAACUCUCCUGUCAUUGUAAGUAAUUAAUAAUGUAUUGUUUAGUCAAUAAGAUCUCUUAAUGACUUGCCUAUUUGCAUUACGACAUUAUUUGAUAAACUUUGAUCAGUGUUCCCCUCUGUGAUGAUAUGUACUCAUUUUAUUUGUUUCAUGCAUGAUCCUAACACUCCCCAUUGAUUUUUGUGACAUCACCCACUUCCUUCUUGAAAUAUCCCUUCCAUCGCAUAUUUAUACCAUGAAGUCCUACUAAGUGGAAUAUAAAAAGUAAUACUGAGAGAGUUGAAAAAAGACCAAAACAAUUUAAUUGAAAUUUUCAAUUUUUUAAAAUAUUUACCAUAGUAUCCCACCCUCCAUACAUGAAUUAUCAAAAAGUUCAAAGUGAAUUUCCGAUUUUAGAAUAAAACAGAUGAAAUGAAAACUUCUCGAAGUCAGCUAUCAAAUAUAUUCAGUUUCACUAUUUGAAUUUAGAAUUUGAAAUCUACAUGGAACUCCUGCCAAUUCACACUUUAGUAUAAAGGUUUAAGGAUGUUUUCAUCGUUGAUUUGUCAUGAACUAAAUACAGAAUUGCCAAGUUGGGAAGUAUUUUUAAAUUAAUAUGUUUAGCAUGCUUUUUGAAAUUCUGUUUUCAAUUCAUUACUGUUGGGUGUUGAGGGAAUAAACAGAAUAGUUUAAAGCAGUGGUUUCCAAGCCAGUUCUCAAGGCUCCCCUACCAGUCCAGGAUUUAGAGAUUAUUUAGUUGUACCUAAGGUGCUUUUAGAAAAAGAAAAAAAAACACCGUAGACACAACUGGGUAAUCCCUAAAUCCUGGACUGGUAGGGGAGCCUUGAGGACUGGUUUGGGAACCACUGGAUUAAAGAGUAAAUUGCUGAUGCUUUUCGGUCAAGAUGGCCAAAUUGGAAACGUAGCUGGAAGAUUCUUGCAGUACUGAUGUUUAGCAUUAUCACAAACAUUGCAAGGUGAUAUUUGCUCUGUAUUGUCAAGGAAGUCAUUGACUGUAGACUUUGCAGUUUCGUAGCUUUUGUUGUAUAGAUUGUGUCAUCGUUUACAAGGAGGUCUGUAAAUUCUUUGCCAUCCUGUCCUUAGCCUUUCCACUAUGUACAGACAAAAUAACUUUUAGAGCUGAAGGGGAGGAGGGAGCGUUUGAAAACAUGUUGCUCAAGGCUAAUGAGCCAGGUGUAGCUAGCUAGUUAUAUCAGAAUUAUUGUGAAAGGUUUUAUUAUCUUAAAGGGGUACUCCAGAUACCACACAGAUUGAGUGCAGAGUAUAAAAAGUUGGGUAUAAAUGUAAGUCAUUAGGCAUUUAUGAAAUUAUGCUGCAUCCAUAUAUAUUAAAAUCAUAGUUAAGAAUAAGAAGCAAUCCUUGUAUCCAUGUAAGCUUACGGGACCUAAACACAUCAGCUAAUGUGUUUAAUCUUAUUAGCAAAGAAGUGUAGAUAAUAUGCACAUAAAACAAAUUAAACAGCAUAUAAUGCAGAUUUUUUUUUUAAUUUAUCCAAUGAGAGAUUUCAUUUCCAAAUGUUUUUAGAAGUUCAUUUAACUCCAAUCUGUUCAAAUGCACCAAUAAAUGAAUGCAUAUGCGCAUUUCUUAAAAUCAUGGAAAAGGGAAUAGCAAACAAACAACCACUCUAUUAGAUAUAUCUAACCUUUUUUACUCAGUUGAUAAGCCAUGUAGCGGCACUUGGUACAUGCAUCAUUUAGAUAUGGUGAAGAUGUUUAUUUGUUGUUUGAACACACGAUAGAAUCAAAAUGAUCUGACAAACUGUGUCCAUGAUAUGAAUGUUGGUGCCGGGCAUGAUGGCUCUGGCAUCUCUGGAAUGGCAAAACCACUUGGGAUUUCUAAUCAUCACAGUUUCUAGAUGGUCAGAGGAGAGUGGUCUGACUUGUUCAAGCUGUCCGGUCAAAGAUACUCAAAUGAACAUUGUUUAUAACAGUUCUGUGCAAAAAGACCUCUGCAAAUGUAUAGUGUGUCCGACAAACCUUGAAGCAGAAGGACUACAGCGGUGGGGUAGCAUGUCCGUGAAGCUUGCCCUAUUGUCUGUUAAGACAGGAAAAGUGUCUACUGGAUGACUGAAGAUUAAAAGAAUGUUGCUUGAUCUGAUGAAACUCAAUUUUUUUUGCAACAUGCGGAAUUUAGGGUCAGACAUUGGUGCAUACCUGAAGUUGGCCAACUAGGGUUGUGGUGUAAUGGUGUGGGGAAUAUUAUUAUCAAUAAUUACUAUUAUCAAUUGAACAUAACAUGAAUUCUGCAGUGUACCUAAGCAUUGUUGUUGACCAUAGUCAUCGCUUAAGGGGCACACUGACUGAUUUUCAAAUGGAUACUACCAGCUAAUAUGCCGUACAUCACAAAGCACUCAAGAUCGCAAACUUGUUCUGUCAAUAUGCCAGACUUAAGCUUCAAAAGUUUGGACGAGCUUGCUGAUUCCUGGUGUGAUGUUGCAGGACCUUAACAUUUUCUUUUAUUCAAAGCCCACUAUAAAGUUUUCGAUGUCUUUAGAGUUAGAGAAGAAGACUAUUAUAUUAUUAAGACCUUUGGAACGGAUGCAUUACAGCAAAGGUUUCUAAAUAUUUGGUAUCUUAGGUAAUGCUGGAUAUUUUAUUUUGACUAUCGGUAUUCGAAACGCCCAUAGGAGCUACCUCCUUGUCUUUAGACUGUUAUGGGAACAUCCUGAUUUAGAUUUCUUCGUAAGAUUGCAAUGUUGACUUCUUUGAGAACAUUAGAUCAUGCUAAUGUUAUGUAAUAGUGUCCAUUAUCCAUCUAGCUAGGAGAAAAUGCUGUGCUUUAUAAAGAACGCUAUACACAAAGGCAUCACUGUAUCCCUGUCUGAAUUCUAAGUGAGCACUUUCAGGCUCCAAUUUAGAGGGUGUGCAGUACAGGAAAUUGCUGGCCCCAGCUGCAAAAAGCCACACUGCAAAGGAAAGUAUAUCACUAGUUUAAAUUUAUGGCUUUAACACUUUGUAAGUAAUUACUUUCUUAAUAAACCAGCAUUGUGCCCUGUUGUUUAACUCAAUUUUAAGUAAAUUACACCUGUAAUAUUCAUAGCAGAAUGCCUGUUUUCUUUGUUGCAAUCUGUUAAAUCCUUCAUGUAGCUUUAAUUUUUUGCAUACCUCAACACCUCGUACGAACUCCUGCCUCACAGUCAUUUUAUGAAGUUUAGACAUUUUGCUCUACUAUGUUUUUAAAAGUCAAAAUAUGCAUUUUUGCUUACUUUUCAACAGCAAUGUUGUUAAGGUUUGCAGUUUGAAACUGCUUGCUUUGGCGCUCUUUUGGCAAAAUUAGAUUAGCAUAGAGCUUAUAUGAAUUUUGUUUAAUCGUUCGGCUUCAUGCUUUACGGUGAUUUACUAAAAAUGCAUCCAUUUAGGUGUGCGAAUAAAUUGCAGCUUAAUAUUUAAGUAAAAAGGGUAAUACUUGUGGUCCAAUGAUGUAUAUAAACUCCAAAAUGUUUAUGUUCAUCUUGACUCUUUGCACAUUGAUUAUAAUUAAACUGUUUUUGUUAUUAUCAUUCUUUUUAAUUUGACUUUAUAUCUGCAUUCUCACACACAAACAUUUAACUGACUUUUAUUUAUUUAUUUUAGAACCAACAACAAGAUUAGUACCAUUUUGCCAGAGCAUUUGACAUCUUAUCAGUCUUUGGAAACAUUGGACUUGAGUUAUAAUCUUAUAACAGAACUUAAAACGGCAUCAUUCCCUAAACUUCAGCUCAAAUACCUGUGAGUACUUCCUAUCGAAAUAAUGUGACGGAUCCAUUAUGCAGUGGAGGGAUGGACUAUUUUGAUGGUGUUGCAAUGCAUUUUCUUACUAUAGAAAACACUUUUUUCCCAAUCAGGUAUAUCAAUGGAAAUCAAAUAAAAUUAAUGGAGUCUGGGGCUUUUGACAAUUUAUCUACCACGUUACAAGUGUUGAAGCUUAAUAAGAACCGUAUCAGCCACAUUCCUUUGAAAAUGUUCAAGUUGUCUAAUUUGCAGCAUUUGUAAGUACAUUUUGCGUUAUUAUUCACCUUUAUUUUUAACCUUAAAGAUUCAACUAACACGGAUUGAGUCUAAUUUUAAAUCUUGAUGAAAGUAUAAAUAAUUAAUGUGUGCAUAAUUUCAGUCUCUACUGUAUUAUAGUAUCACUGGCAUAUAUCUUUAUGUAACUUCUAGGUUUGCUAGAUAAUGUUGUCAUGAUUAUACUGCUCAGGACAGCUAUCGGAAUUUUUGAGGCCCCUUAACAGUCCUCAUGCAUCUCUCCUGUUUCCAUAUACAAUUACCAUUAUUUAUAUAGGGCCAACAUAUUCAGCAGCGCUGUACAAUACGAAACAAGAAAAACAUUUAAUUCUAACAAAACAUACAGGAACAGUAGUUGAAGAGGGUCCUUCCCAAAUGAGCUCCCAAACUGAAGGGUUUUCCAAAUCUGUCCAGAGUAUUUUUCCCCCUCUAUGUAAUUCCAUAUUCCAUUUCUCUUUUAUUAACCUGCUUUUUGUCAUAAUUUUUUUUGUUAAACAGAGAGCUAAAUCGUAAUCGGCUGCGAUCUAUUGACGGGCUCGUUUUUCAAGGCCUCAAUGCUUUAAAAACCUUGAGUAUUCAGAAGAAUCGAAUCACAAGACUUAUGGAUGGAGCAUUCUUUGAUUUGGAUAAAAUGGAAAUACUGUAAGUACCUACAAGAAUUAUACUUGAGUGUUACAAUGUAAAAUUCACUAACCCAUCUGUAACAUAAACUCCCAGAAAUAUACUUAUAGUACCAUUUAUAUUAAAGGAUACCCCAAGCACCAUGUCAUUCCAGCUUAUUGCAGUUGUUAUGGUGCAGAUAGUUUGAUGUGGAGUCCCUCAAUUUUUUUGAUAAGCCAUUUGAGCGCUUUGACAAACACUGUGACUCUACAAGCACCCAUUGCCACUAAUUUUAUUUUGCUCAGACGUUUUCAUUCUACACUAUCUGUACAAAUUAAUUCAAGCUUUGCUGACAUUGAUUCGUUGUGAUUGCUGGGAUUGGCUUAGCCUCCCGUUGCUCUCUUGGUCACCAAUUACAUUAUACAAAACAGAUUUUAUUAGAUAUUACAAUGUCAACCACGGGCCAAUACAAGAAGUGAAAUCAUUAUCUACGAAAAAAAGAAUGAGCAUUUCAAUUAAUUUAUUGCAAAAUUCAUAUUUCCAUAUUAUACCAUCAAAAAGACACUUUUUGUUUUUUUGAAGGAACACUUCAGGCACCAUAUCAAUUUAUUCAAAAUAAAGUUGUUAUGAUGCCAGAAUAUCUCUAAUCAUGUCUUACCUUUAAGGGAUGAUUCAUUCACCACCAGUUUGACCCAAAGUAUCUUCUCCAGCAGCGGAUCGCUCUGCCCCGGCAAAAUAUGCUUGCUAAAAAGCUUUAGAAUGUGGAAUAUUAAUGGCUUUAGGAAAAAAACUUACAUUUGUCAAGCUGUUUUGCGAAUGGGGAGCCACUGACUGGCUGAGAACAUCACCUGACCUCUCUAAGCCAAUCAGCAGAGCCCUUGCCCAUUGAAAUUCUAGAUUUUCAUUUAGAAGCUUUUCAGCAAGUGGAUGUUGGAAGGGGCAGAGCAAUCCGGUGCUGAAGAGGAGACUUUGAGAUUAACUCAUCUGUGAAUGGUUUAACCACUAAAGGUAAACUAGCUCCAGGAACUUCCUGGCACCAUAACAACUUAAUUUAAAUGACAUUGUUAUUGUGCCCAGAGGGUCCAUUUAAGCUAUGUUUGAUGUACAUUUGUUUUCUUUUUUUCCUGCAGUUUAAAAGAUUUGUUUGUGAAGAUGUUUGGAUGCUUCCAAAUGGAAUUUAUAGUUUUGUUGUUUUUUUUGAGUGACAUUUAUAUAUUCCCUUCUUUUUUUUUCUCUGCAGGCAGCUGGACCAUAACAAUCUCACAGAAAUUAGCAAAGGGUGGUUGUAUGGUUUGCAUAUGUUACAGCACCUCCAUCUAAGCCAGAAUGCCAUCAGCAAGAUCAGCCCUGAUGCCUGGGAGUUUUGCCAGAAACUUAGUGAGCUGUAAGAUGCUUUUAUUUAGUUCCAGGCUUAGUAUGGGUUUCAUGCCAAAACAUGACUUUCUUACCAUAGUUUUAUACAUUUUUCAUAACAUAGUUACCACGGCUAUUUGUUUUUUUCUGAGUCAUACUUUGUUGUAAAUUGUUUCUUAUUUUAGUACGUGUUUCUUCUUUUUAGAAGAAAAAUCAUUUAAAAGAACAAAACCGCUGGCGUUUCUUUUGUCACUAAGCCAUCGUCUUAAAACAUUUAGUGUUUCUAUUUGAUUUUGAAAAACAAACUUUUGUUUUAGCAAUAUAUAUAUAUUUUUUUUUAUUUUUUUUUAAUAUUGCAUGUACCAAUGUUUCUCGUUUCUUGUUCUAGAGAUUUAUCCUUCAAUCAAUUGACAAGAUUAGAAGAGUCAGGCUUUAUGGGAUUAAAUCUGCUUGGUCGGCUAUUUAUAGGACACAACCAAAUCAGUUACAUUGCUGAUGGAGCUUUUAACGGACUGUCCAGUUUGAACACCUUGUAAGUUCUAUCCAAUAAAUUUUUUUUUCCAUAUUCCAAUAUCUGGCUUUUAAAAAUCUACUUUCGGAUUAACGGUUUUGUACUCACCUAUUAGAAGUAAUGAGAGUGUCUGAGAUUCAUGUGAUUGACAUGUAAUGGCAAUGGUGAUUAUUAUUAAAUAUUUUUGGCAAUAGAUGUGACGUUUAUGAUAUUGAAACUUAAAAGUAACUAAAUGAAGAAGGUAAUUUUGCCUUCUUGUGGUAACCCCAGGAUGGAUAUUUUUCAAACCAGUCUGAGAUCUAGCAAACUGCAUAUUCAAGCCUGUCUCACAUCUAGUCCAACUUUUUGAAAAUUAAUUUUUAUUAUUAAUGUUAUUGUUAUUUUAAAAAAAUAUUUUUAAUAUAUAUUUUUAAUAUUUUGUGGAAUAGUUCAUGCUUCAAUGCUGCAAUGUGUAUUUCCAAGUAAAGACUUUGUGUAAAAAAUUUUUUUAAAUAAAUAAAUAGAAAAAAACACUGUCCGUAAAGAAAGCGUUUUGUCUGGUAGUGAAAUAAAUAUGUUUGGUACAGUGGAUGUAAAAGCACUAAAGCCAUCAAAACAUUGGAGGAGUUCAGCAUUGUUCCACAUUUUUAAUAGAUUAGCAUAAUCCUGCCAAUUGCAAGUAGGAAUUCUAGUGUAGUAGGAAACAGAGAUUGCAUGACCCUGUAAAUGUAUUUUUGUUGCGCUUGCUGUAAAUGUCUUUGAUCUUAUACGGCAAAUAACAAAGACAACCAUCCCAACAAAUUAAUUUAUUAGCCUUCGAACCAAAUCUUUCCAAUUCAUUGUGGUGAAAAGUCCAUUCUAAAGCAAUUAUUUCUGGUCAUACAUUUCUUUAUGUCCAGGAUAGUGUUAUCAGCGUUAAAGACUGGGGGAGGGAUGUUAUGGUUAAUAAAAGUACUAAAGACAUGCAAAAUAAAACACAUUGUUCUCUAAAGCUUACUCUAGCAUGUCUAUUGUCAUGUAUACUCGUUCAUUAAAGGGCAGAUACAAAUGUGAGUGUUAGGAAUUGGUAUCAUGGCCCGAGGUUAUGCAAGCAUACAUUUUACUCGAAAGCAAAAAAAAAAGUAAAUAAUAAAAAAAUAAAAUAUAUAUGAUGCAUGGCUUGUUUUAAAGUAUGCUUUCAUAAUAUCCAUCCAUGAUACCAAACCCUAGACACAAAGGAGGGACUGCACUUUUGUUAAAAUGUAAUUUCCGCUGUAGGGAGGUAGUCUAGAAUGCUGGAAUGGUGACACUCAAAAAAAAAACUAAUUCCUAACACUCACUCUUGUAAUUGUAAUUGUGUGUGCGUAUUGUGAGUAUGUGAGUAUGUAGUAAGUUUCCUAAAUAAUAUCAUCUUGUUGAUUUAUUUUCUGUGUAUAUUCAAUAUAUAUGUCCAUUUGUUUUUACAGGGAUCUUAAAAGUAAUGAAAUUUCGUGGACUAUCGAAGAUAUGAACGGGGCAUUUUCUGGACUAGAAAACCUUAAAAAGCUGUAAGUAGAUCCAUUAUCAAUAUAAUUAAUUAUAAAAGAACAAAAGAAAGCAUACAAACAAAUGCAUUCUUACCCCAUGGAUUUUCUGGAUAUUUUUCAUUGUUUUUGUCGGUUUUGUAGACUAUGCAGAGUGAUCAAAUGAUCUGUAAUAUUUUUUUGUUAACUCACUGUUUUUGCAUUCAGAACAACCACACCGUUUUAAAUGUUAAUGUUCAGCUUUAAGUGCAUGUGUAGUUAUUUCUUUAAUGUUCUUCUUUUUAAGGACGCUGCAGAGUAACAGAAUUAGGUCGAUUACCAUAAAGGCAUUUUCUUGGUUGGAUUCACUUGAGUACUUGUAAGUAAUUGAUUUAGUCUAGUAUUGUAACUGUUAAUACUGGCAUUGUGUGUAGCAUGCCACUACACUUUCAAAAUUAAAUUACACUGACUUUUAAAAACUGUUUUGAACUCACAUUCAAUAAUGUCAUUUUUAAAUUAUUUUAGUCACAUUUUCUUUAAAAACCUUAUACUCUGUGUUUAAAGGAACAUUGAAUCAAUGCAUCUCUAUGAGAAAAGUUCAGUGUCUGCAUGCGGAGGGUGGAGACACUGAAUGGCAGUACUGCGCAGUGUGCAGCACUGCCCCAGGAAGCACCUCUAGCAGCCAUCUGAGGAGUGGCCACUGGAGUUAUCACUAGGCUGUAAUUAAAACACUGCAUUUUACUGCAAAAAGCCUGAAGGGAAUGAUUCUACUCACCAGAACAAAUACAAUAAGCUGUAGUUGUUCUGGUGACUAUAGUGUCCAUUUAAAGUUGACCAGUUCAUUUUACACCAUUUCUGAACUUAGGAACAGGUUAGCUCGUCACAGUUGUAAAGCAGCUAGAAAGUCAUUCUAAAGAGAUGGUUGUAUAUAAAUGCAUUGAAGUCUUCCCUCCAAAAUGUCCAAAUUUGUAUUUAAUGCUUUUGGCAACUGAGGAAAAAAAGGCCUUUCAGAGAGAUCCCUUUCAAACUUUUGCAUGUGUAUCUUUUUCUUUCUAUCGAUAGGAGGAUAAAAUAUAUUGUAAUUAUUAUAAUUUGUGAAACAAUUGGAGGUUGUAUUAAUAUAUCAAUCUGUGUGUGUGUACAAUUCAUGACUGUUUCAUUUUAUAGCAGUUGUCAUGAUAACAAGUAGAAUACUGAGAUACUUUGUUUUUGUUUUGUUUUUUAAACACAAUACUAUUUAAUGGUGAUAGUAUAACUCUUAAUUAAAUUCCUGUUUCCUUCAAGUUCGUGGACAACUAAUCUAAACAGAGUUAUUAUGUCCUUAGUAUCACUAAUAUGAAUAUUUGCUCUGUGGUUUUUUUCACAGAGACUUGAGUAACAAUGCAAUUGUGUCAAUGCAGGAUAAUGCAUUUUCCCAAAUGAAGAAGCUUCAUCAAGUGUAAGUAGACCUUCUAGCAAUGUGUAUAUCUUCUAAAUAAUCUAUUUCAAGAUAUGUCCCUCACCUGUCAAUCAUUUUUUAAGCUUAGACCUCUAUGCUCAUAACUGUUUGACUGGGGAGAUCAGGAGAACCCUCCUAUAGCAGAUUUACCUGUUCUCCAGCACAGUAUUUAGAGAAACAUGUGGUGUAGUUACUGUGCUAGUUACUGGUUAGUACUGCUUGUGCUGGAUAGGAAGUAACUGAUGUCACUUUGUUCAGUGGUCUAUGCACUGACAAUGAAUCUUGCAUGUAGACAUUACAAGGAAGGUUGCAAUGCAGGAUUAAGCACAUGGUAAGGGAGUUGGAGAUUGAAAAUACCUUGAUUAAGGGUGUUAUGUAAGGCACAACCCACAAAUCAUGGCCAGAGCAAGGGUAAAUUGUUAUCAUUGCUUAAAAUUGUCAAUUGAAUAUAUAAAUUAUUUAUGAUUAAAUUUAAUGAAUAAUUAAAAAAACGUUUACUAUGUGAGGAUUCAGUUAAAGUCCACCUGUCGUUCAUAUUGAUAUGAUUUAUAAUCAGUAGGGCAACAGCUAGCUCCUAUUUUUAUAGAUGAACAAUUUUAUUGUGGUGCAUACAGCUACCAUUGAUUUGUAUGGAAAAAGUGUUGCUUUUUGUCACAUUUUGCUUACAAUAUUAUUCCUUAAAGGACCACUAUAGUCACCCAGACCACUUCAGCUCAAUGAAAGGGUCUGGGGGCCACGUCCCUCGGGUUUUAACCCUUCAGAUGUAAACAUAGCUGUUUCUGAGAAACUGCUAUGUUUACACUGAGGGUUAAUCCAGCCUCUAGUGGCUGUCUUCCUGACAGCCGCUAGAGGCGCUUUUGCAAGGCUGAAUGCAAAAAUCGCGUUCAGCGUGCAAGACGUCCAUAGGAAAGCAUUGAGAAAUGCUUUCCUAUAGGGGUUUUUAAUGUGCGUGUGGCUCUGACCACUCCACUCAGGAGCUGACGUCGGCACUGAAUUAAAGUAAGUAACUAAAGGGGUUUUAACCCCUUCAGCACCAAGGGAGGGGGGCCCUAAGGGUGGGGGGGGCCUAAGGGUUAUAUAGUGUCAGGAAAACAAGUUUGUUUUCCUGACGCUAUAGUGAUCCUUUAACUACAUUUGGUAAAUUUUAAAUUAUUUUAAAAUGUACUUAUUGAUUUGACUCUGUAAAAAUAGUUUUGCAUAUGUCUGAAUUUAAGUCUUGGUUAUUAAUCAUAUUUUUAUUUUUAUCUUAUUUUACAGACACUUAAAUACUUCCAGUCUGUUAUGCGAUUGUCACUUGCAAUGGCUGCCUCGGUGGUUAGCAGAAAAUAAUUAUAAGACUUAUGUGAACGCAAGCUGUGCGCACCCACAGAUUCUAAAAGGCAGAAACAUCUUCAUGGUUAACCCCGAGGGGUUUGUGUGCGGUGAGUUCGGUAACAUUCUGCUUAAGGCUUGUUUUAAUGUUAAUGUAAAAAAAAAAAAACUUAGCCCACGCAUAACACAUUUUUUUUUUUAACGCAACUGUUUCACAUGAAAUUAAAGGGACACCAUAGGCAUCAAAACAACAUUAGCAUAAUAAAGCAGUGUUUGUGUAUAUACCAGGCCCUCCAGUCUCACUGAUCAAUUCUCUGUCUUUAAGGAGUCAAAUCACUUUUGUUUCUGUUUAUGCAGCCCUAGUCAUGCCUCCCCUGGCUGUGGCUGAUAUAGCCUGCAUGAAAAUUUUUUUAAUUUUUUUUAAAAGAUGUUAAAUUGCUUAAAAAGUUUUUAAGUCCUGCUCUGUAAAUGUAAUUUUCAUCUCAUCGCAUACUGGAGGUUCCUGCAAGGUCUAGGAGGCUAUUAACAGAGAAGGAGAUAAAAUAUAUUCUAGAUUAGGCCGACCGUGCAAUACAGUAACCCAUUGUAUCAAGGUUAUGUUACAGGAAGUUUUUAGGAAGGCUGUGCAAGUCACAUGCAGGGAGGUGUGACUAGGGCUGUAUAAACAAAUUAUUUUAACCCCUUAAGGACACAUGACAUGUGUGACAUGUCAUGAUUCCCUUUUAUUCCAGAAGUUUGGUCCUUAAGGGGUUAAGUCGUAAAUGACAGAGAAUUGAACAGGGAAAUUGCAAAGCCAUGAUCUAUACACCAACACUGCUUCAUUAGGCUCAAGUUGUUUUGGUGCCUAUAUUGUCCUUUUAAUAAAUACUGCUUCAUGUGAAAGAUUUGAUUUAUUUAACUCAGGUGCUGCUGUGAUUGCUUACAAUCUCUUGAAAAAAAUGUAUACAGUUACUUUUGAUGUUACACGAAAUGUAUUAUGGUUAUAGAGAUACUACAUUUGAGAGUUAAACCACUCCUCAAUGUGGAUAUACUCUAUGAAGAAAAAAAAUAAACCUAAAAAUAUAUAUUACAGUUUAUGCGUUGCUGUCUAAUUGGGAUUGGAUGAAAACUCUCAGCCAAUCCCAGUCUUCCCACUAAUUUCAAUGGGAGUGUUGCAAGACUCAUUAACUCUUGAUGUGCAGUUUGAGUAUUUGGGAUAUACAUCAAGGACCAAACCGUACCUUCUAUAGAUCAGUACAGAAAAUGCCAUUCUAGCUGCCAAUUCAUGUAAAUAUAAAAUAAAAACUACUGUUGGAAUUUGGCAGGAGCUCAUGAUGUCCACUUAUAAUGUCCACUUAAGAAUACCAUUGUUAAGUGGAAUCUGAGUCCACAUUGGCUUUCUUCCCCAUGGAUUUUAUCUUAAAUAUCUUAAAUCACAGAACAUUUUGAUUAUUCUGAUUUCUUUGUUGUCCACACUGUGAAAAUACUUCUUGAUUUGUAUUUUAUUUAUGUCUUAUUUUCAUCUUUUCAUCCAUCAAAAUGAUUUGUAAUGUGUAUUCAUUUUUUUUUAUUUUUCAAUAUAGAUGACUUUCCUAAACCACAGAUCAUUGCCCAACCAGAAACUCAGUCUGCACUUAAAGGCUCCAACGUGAGUUUUAUAUGCUCAGCCGCAAGCAGUAGUGACUCUCCUUUGACUUUUGCAUGGAAAAGGGACAAUGAACCCCUGAACAAUGCAGAAAUCGAAAACUACGCUCAUGUGCGGAAUGAAGGUCAGGAGUUGAUGGAGUACACAACCAUAUUGAGACUUCAGAAUGUGGAGUUUAACAGUGAAGGAAAAUAUCAAUGCGUUGUUUCCAAUGACUUUGGUACUACAUACUCCGUCAAAGCCAAGCUUACAGUCAAUAGUAUGUAUUCUUUUAUUCCCUAUUUUACUUUUCUGCUUACGUUUUUUUAGUUACAUAGGCUGAAAAGAGACAUGUGUCCAUUAAGUUCAGCCUUCCCCAUUUGUUUUUUUGCUGUUGAUCCAAAAGAAGGGAAAAAACCCAGUUUGAAGCACUUCCAAUAUUGUACAAACUAGGGGAAAAAAGAUUAAUCCUUGGAUCAAGAAGCAUUUACUCUACAUUAAAAAAUUAUAUCCUUGAGUUAAAUAUACUCUAACAGGUUUAAAUGAGUACCUAUGACAUCAACUAGCUGCUAGAGUAAAAGGAUAUAUAUCCCAAAUGUCCACUAUCCAGCAGACCCAGUUUGUAUUAUUUUACUUUUGGUUUUUGUACCCUAACCCCACAAAUGUCCAGUUUCUGUGGAAACCAGCUAAAAGAUUCUGUAAUGAAGUUCUUGCAUCUGGCAGAGGUGUUUCUGAACAUAUGAAAGCACGUCAGCAGUAUAAAUACAUGACAGCACUGCAGGGCAGACUAGUUAAUCUACUUGUGAUCCCAACACCAGCCUUUCCCCUUUACCAGCAUCAGUGGUACAAAUGGUGUCAUUAGCAUGUGCCCACUCCAGUUUCCCAUCUACCAUCUUGACUUUAUAACGCCCCAGUGUUGAUAGGUGUUGACAGGUGUUCCAUGUGUCUCUAGGAAAAAUGAGAGAACCCUUUUUUUUAUAUUAAUUGUUAAUAGUAAUAUUUGUCUAUUAUAAUGAAAUUGUGAGUCAAUUACUCACCUGUUUACACACAUUUCUUUAAAUUAUUUUCAGUGCUUCCUUCAUUCAUAAGCAUUCCAACAGACCUAUCCAUCCGUGCGGGCUCAACAGCAAGAUUAGAGUGUGAUGCAAUUGGUCAUCCAUCACCAGAAAUCGCCUGGCAGAAAAAUGGCGGCACAGAUUUUCCAGCAGCUCGCGAGCGUCGAAUGCAUGUAAUGCCAGAUGAUGAUGUGUUUUUUAUGGUAAAUGUGAAAAUGGAAGACUCUGGGAUUUACAGCUGUACUGCUCAGAACAGCGCUGGAAGCAUUUCAACCAAUAUUACAUUAACCGUAUUAGGUGAGAAUUUUCAUUUUAUCAUAUUGCCUUUCUAAAUGUCCCAUUUUGCUUGUAUGUAGGGUUAGUGCUUGAACUGGAUUAAUGUUGUGUGUGUGUGUUAUCAAUUUUGAUAUUCCCUUAGAUGUGCCCAUGAUCUACCCAUCCUCUCCUGCUUGUGCAAUGUAUAUCUGGAGAGGGGCUGAGUAGGCAGAAACUAUGCAAUUCUGUCUCCCUUGCUCUUCGACCUGCUUAUCAUUUACAAGAGAGAGAUUGCAAUAAAUGGUUAUCUGCCUCUUGUUAGUGGAACACCCACAAUAUGCAUAUCUCAGUGCUGCCUUAAGAUCAGAGCAACUGUAACCCUAGAACAAGCCAGCAUAAAUAACAAAGAUACUUAAAAGUGAAACAUAAAUUAAGCAAAAAAAUUGCUAUCUUGUGGUUUAUUAUGACUUCUCCAGAACUCUUCAGAGGCAUUGUUUUCCCAUAAUACACAAGGCACUGUCCUGUCAACAUUACUGCAUUCUGAUAGAUUUAAGGAAAUAAUUCAUAUCUUUUUAACCCGCUCAAUAUUUCCCACUUGCAAUGCAAACUUUAUUUGGUGUGUAUGCAAAAGCUGUAUUGUACAAUGUCUGUUAGAAAGGUAAUGUAAUAUGUUAUAUGUUUUGUUUUUUUUCAUGUUCCAGAAACACCAUCCUUUAUGCGACCCUUAGUUGACCAAACUGUAUCGAAGGGGGGAAAUGCCGUUUUACAAUGCAUUGCUAAUGGAAGCCCAGCACCCAAAGUGACCUGGAUAAAGGAUGAUAAACCGUUAGUUGUAACAGAGAGGCAUUUCUUCGCUGCCGGAGACAAAAUUCUUGUCAUCGUGGAUACAGACUUCGAAGAUGCCGGAAAAUAUACAUGUGAACUGUCUAAUGUGCUUGGAACGGAAAGAGGCAACAUUAAUCUUUCUGUCAUUCCAAAUAUAACAUGUUAUUCUACUACAAUUGCCACAAAGUUAGAGGAUGGUGGAUGGGGCACUGUUGGCAUUGUGAUCAUAGUAGUGGUUUGCUGUGUGGUGGGAACCUCCCUUGUGUGGGUGGCCAUAAUAUACCACACAAGGAGAAAAAACGAGGAUUGCAGUGUUACAAACACAGGUGGGUGAGCUGGAAGUUUGCUAAAUAAUAAUGUUACUAUGUGUACUGACAUGUGUUAUGGGUUUUGUGUGUUUAUAUGUAUAUAUUUAUAUACCACCAACCUAUUCUGCUAAGAUAUUUAUACAUAUUUAUUUCUACAGUAAUUAGACCUACAGUCAACCAUUAAAAGCUAAUUUUGUGUCAUCUUGACCUAAUUUUGUAAUUACAUUUUUAUUCUUGCAGAUGAGACCAACUUGCCAGAUACUCCAAGUUAUUUGUCUUCUCAGGGAACACUGGCUGAAAGGCAAGAUGGCUAUGUGUCUUCUGAAAAUGGAAACCACCAUUUUGCAACAUCUCUGAGUGGUUAUUAUCUACAGCAAAGAAAUAGCAAUGGUAUACAGUGUUUUGGUUUUUACUACAGCUAGUACUUAUGCUAUUGUUUCAUUUAGGCAUCUAGCAUUUUAAAUAAUUUAUGUGUGUGUGUAUACAUAAACACAUUUGAAAAGUGAGGACCUCACCCCCUAAAAACAUAAUAAAUAUCAUGUAAUCAGAAGAUGAAGUAUGAAAUGUGGAACAGAUCACUGGCAGGUGUUAACUGGUCUUUUCUGGGGUUUUUUGCAGCUUAAAAUAAAAAAAUAAAAGAAUAGACUAAAAUGUUAUUGAGCAUUUAAGAACACUUUUAAGUGUAUAUACGGCUGCAUCUAAAAUGUCAAACCGUCGAUCACUUUCAUAACAUUUUUUUUAUCAAUGUGUUUGUAGGGAUCUGCCAUUUUGAUAAUGGGAGCGAGGCUGACUUGGACGCUGCUAUAGAUCCCUUACUGUUUCACUACUUAGGGGCACCUGGUUCGCUGUUCUUAAAAGGGAAUGCUUAUGAUUCUGAUUCAUGUGACGUUUAUCAUUCAGGUAUGUUAACAAACAUUUUCCUAAAUGUGUUUUGACCUAUUUUGGCUUUGUUUUAUAAACGUUUUAUUUGACUAUAUUAUUUUCUAUUUUUAAAGGUUAUAAUGUGGAUCAAAGGGCUGCAAGCAGUAACGCUUAUGAAUCAGAAUAUUUAAAACAGAAAGCCUGUGGAACAUAUGCAGAGCAGAGAGAAGAUUCUUUUAGCAAAAAUAAAUGUAGUCCAGAAACCUUUAUCGAUGGACUUGACACAGUCUACAAUCAAAAUGAAGAUCAUGGAAAUGAAAUCAGUCCAAAUCAUGAUCCAUGUGGCCUAAAAACAAACUCAGAGCAGUCAAACGCAGCGUCAUGUAGUUCGUAUAUGGGUAGGUCUUUCUAUUAAGUUACAAUGUAUCACUAAUACUUAAGAGCAGUUAGAUCUGUUUAACCCCCUUAAGGACACAACUUCAGAAAUAACAGGGAAUCAUGACGGAAUAUUUCCGUCAUGUGUCCUUAAGGAGCUAACAUACCCCAAACUUAUUGUUAGCACCUAAUGAGAACUUAUAUUGAACUAUGGGCCCAUUCCCAAUUCAUUGCUUAUGUUACAUUUAGCACCCUAUGUUUUGUGUCCUACAAACUUUACCCAUAUCUUUGGUGUAGAAGUUGGAAGACAAUAGUUCGCACUCUAUUCUUUAGAAAAUACCAGUGACAAUCUUCUAUUUCCAUUAAGGGACACAUUACAUUGAAUUUCAUAGUUUUUUUUGUUGUUUGUAUUUGUUUUACCCCAUAUGUAAGCUUUUUUGUGUUGCUAUCCAUGCAAAUGUUAUACUUAUGUUCCGUAUCUUUUAUAAAUGACACCCUUUCCGUAUAUUUGCAACACUGUAAUGUAAAGUUGCAACAUGAUUGAUAAUGGCACUUUAACAAUUAACAUGCCCUGUUCCAAUAACAAAAUAUUAAUAAUUUUAAAUUAGUCAAACGAUGAUGAAAGCCAACUAAUCACUUUUAUUAUGUGUUCCUGGAAUAUGAUCCUUUACAUAUACAUAUUUAUUUGCAUUUCUUCAUCGACUCACUUGUUUAUAUAGAGGGCGUCAUACUUCCAAAAAGUUAGAACAGAAUUUGAGAUUUUUUACUUUAUAAUUACCAAUUGACUGUGUCCCAUUCCAGUGUUUAUAUAUGGCUUUAGACUGUGUUUGACUUCUACAUCCUGCGUUCUCAUAUUUCGCCUAUUUAUUCCUUGUUAUUCUAAGGGUAAUGAGGUUUGUACUGGAAAAAAGGCUUAGAAAAUAAGGCUGAAUUUAAGUAUUUUCAUUGUUUGUUGUAGCAAAGGAUCAUAGACAAAUAUAUUAAUUCUAAUCGAUUGUAUGGUAAAUGGGAACCAUGCCGUUUGAGUGUGCAUUAAGCUAAAUAUAUAGAGCUAUGGCACGCCAUACUUGAUGGGAGUUUGUACACCUACACCAAGGAUGUGGAGUAAAAUACAUUUUAGAAAAAAAAUAGCUGAGUUGGAAAAAUGGCAAAUUUGAAAAUAUAUUGAAUAUUUCCGCCCAAAAAAACAAAAUCCCUUUUGAACUGUUCUGCACAAUUCUCCGUUUUGUAAAUAUACCAACCUCAAUAUGUUGCCACUUUGGAUACAUUUAUCAAAGUAUUGUGUUCUGAAAAGUAGGGUAACGUUUUCAAGUUGUGUAACUCCUAGUGAAAUAUUCCCGCUCAUUGUUACACUGCUACUUAAAUCUCCUCCAUUUUCAAAUUGUGAUACUUUUCUAUAUCUCCAUUGAUGCAGACUUCAGCUUGCGGAUCAUUAAUGCAUUUUGUUCUUUUACUUCACUUUUAAAUAUCUCUCGAUACUAAUGGACUCUAUUAAGUAUAUGCAUAUAAUGACUGUAAUGCCCCAGCUGUUACAUUCUAACAUUCUCAGCCAGCAAAUGACUGAAAUUUUAGGAGAGGCUGAUGCACAGUGACUUUUUGAAUUUUUAAAGGAACACUCCAAACACUAUAAUCACUACAGUGGUUGUGGUGCCAUUAGUGUCUUGACACCCUUUCAGCAUAAGUGAUCAAUUUGGAAAUGCAUGGACAAUUUACCAGGGGUCCAUUGCUUACAAUGUCCUGUAGAAGUGGAAGAUGCUGCUAGGGGCUUCCAUUUUUUCCCCUGAGCUAAUCUCUGCCUUGCAGGUCCCUGUUCAUUGACUGAGAGCAUCAGCUAAGUGCUCUAGCCAAUGAGCUAAGCCACCUGGCUAGCUCAUUGUAAAAAACAUCCAGCUCCACAAGGGGGAUGUAGUAUGUAGAAUGUUAAAGCAUUCACAAAUAGAUUUACUACUUCCUCUGGGAGGGCACCAGGGCACAGUUGGCAUCAUACCCACCAUAGAGGGCUGUAGUGGUUAUGGUGCUCAGAGUAUUCCUUGAGCAAGGUAAAAUUAAAAAUGUGUAAUAAUGUGAUAAAUUAGCUUGUUUAAGUAUCUGCAGACAGGUUGAAAAAAUUUAGUCUUCAUUAUUUGUAUUUUUUUUUGUUUUUAGGAACAUUUGGAAAGCCAUUGUGGAGGCCUCGUCUUGAUUCCUUUCCCGGACAUGUGCAACGAACAGUCCAUCAGUUGCCAUCUCACAAUGAUCCUAGUUCUUUACUGAGUAUUCAACCUGGGACAGGGAAUAAAGAGGACCAAAUAAAAGUACUUCCAGAUGAAACUGGAAUAUUAUUGCACAAACAGCCUUCUGAUAAUUAUAGGACUACUGUAUAUAACUGCUACGAAAUGGACACCUAGCAAUCUCACAGUAGCUACUUUUUGUUAUGCCAAAGAAUUUACUUGACCUUCUACCUCAGCUUUGGACCUUAACCAGAAGAGUGCAUUUCAUACCUUUCAUGUGUUCCACUUUAGACUGGACAAUAUGCAAUACAGCUACGAAUGAGCAUCAAAAUAACCAAAAUGGACAAAGUUCUCAAAAUGGGGAAUAAUGUUUGUAUUACACUUUUUAAAUGUUUAAAAUUGCUUUAGUACUUUUAUAUAUGCAAAUGAGAAUUGCAUGUUAUUUAAAAAAAAAUGUAAAUAUUGAUAUAAAUAUUUUUGUAUUUUUUAUAUUGUUACAUUUUUCUAUGAAAAAUGUGUAUUCUAUUCCAAAUAGCCGAACCCCAUUAUUGCCAUGACUAUCGGCAUUGUUUGCACAAUAAAUGGAAUAAAUGCUGCC